GCAUGCCGGAAGUUGGGCGCGUGUUUCCGGCUGGUGUCAGGAACUGCUCUUUGAGAUGAUGGUUUCGCCGGUGUCGCUCGGAUCGCUGCCAGCUGCUCAGGUCUUUUACUGGCUCGGUGUGGCCACCGUGACCUGGCUGUCACUGAAGGCCAUCUAUAGGCUGCUGAGUGGGGCGCAGGUCUUCGUGUUUGGAACAGGAAUCAGGCUGCGAGAGUACGGCCGCUGGGCAGUUGUUACAGGAGCAACUGAUGGAAUUGGGAAGGCUUAUGCGAAGGAGCUCGCCAAGCAUGGUAUGAGUAUUGUCCUUAUCAGCAGAUCCCAAGAAAAAUUGGAUCAAGUUGCUAAUGAAAUAAGCGAGCAAUUCAAAGUUGAAACAAAAACUCUUGCACUGGAUUUUGGAGAAGGAACUGAAAUUUACAAGGUUAUUGAAGCUGGCCUGGAUUGUCUAGAAAUUGGCGUUCUAGUGAACAAUGUGGGAAUUUCUUACAACUACCCAGAAUAUUUCCUGGAUGUUCCUGAUCUCGAUGAUGUUGUCAACAAGAUGCUAAAUAUCAACAUCAUGUCGGUUUGUAAGAUGACUAAGAUGGUAUUGCCUGCGAUGGUGAAGCGGUCAAAAGGCAUCAUCCUCAAUGUGUCAUCAGCUACUGCACUCUAUCCUGUACCUUUACUGACUCUCUACUCUGCCACCAAGUCUUUUGUGGAUUUCUUUUCGCAAGCGCUACAUAUUGAGUACAAGAAUAAGGGAAUCAUUGUCCAGAGUGUGCUGCCAUUCUACGUGGCUACAAAGUUGAGUAAGAUCCGAAGGCCAACUCUAAGCAAACCGAGUCCUGAAACAUAUGUGAAAGCUGCCUUAAAAACAGUUGGUCUUCAGAUGCAGACAAAUGGCUACCUGCCACAUGCCAUUAUGGGUUGGAUUAUGACGUCCCUACUUCCAACAUCUCUAGUCAUUAAGCAGUGUAUGAAGAUGAACCAAGGUCUGCGUGCUCGUCACUUUAAGAAACUGAAGGAGAAAGGGGAAUAACAGGAUUUGCCUGCUGACCAACACAAGCUCGAAAUAAAUGUGGUUCUUUAUCAUGUAAUUUUCAAAUUUCCUAUGAGCAAUGUACCAUGAUUCACUGAAUUUCUUUCUGUCUCAAAGACCAAAUCGGGAGAUUGAAAUCACAUUUUGUUCUGUUUUUGCUGCACUGUUCAUUAAAAAAAAAUUGCUUUGGCGUUCA